GUACAGAACAUGGCGAAAGAAGGCGGAGUGCAGAAGUACGAUCCUAACACAGAAGCGUUCCAGAUGCGAGCGCAGUGGAAAAAGGCUGAAAUUUGCCGUAAGCAAUGGUACGAACGAUGGAGCUGGCUACUCGACGAGAGCAAUAAAGCGACGGAAGAAGCAAACAUAAUUCGCCGCAAAGCCGCCGCUGCCGGAACUCUUCCUGUAGCGCACUUAGAUGUCACCGAAACGAAAACGUUAAAGCCAGUGCCUGUUACAACCACAGGCUUAAUUGGGUGGCUGGCAUCAAAGCCUGAAUGUAAACUAGAAAUCUACACUAAAUGGAAUGAAAAAAUACCUGUCCGCUUGCCAGACGCUUGGGAAUACGCAGAUUAUGUAGUUUCACCCAGUAAAUAAAAUAACAACCCUUCUAAACAAAGAGAAAAUACUGAAAAAUACUCUCGUAUAUAUACCGCGGUAGUAUUUUUGUGAAAACAGAUUUUACAUAAUCCAAUAAAUUCGUCGUGUGCUUGGUGCCAUUGCUGAGCAGCUUAUGUUUAGGCUUGUCAAGCGCCCCCGUCGGAGUCGAGGAGGAGACUGUGAGGUCGCUCGCGAACGAACUGGUUGACGACUCCUUGGAGAUGUUGGAUUUGAUCCGACGCGCUGUGGCC